GCACUAUUUGCCACUUUGCUCUCAGACUCAGAGACAAUCACACUCUCACUGGACACACACACACACUCGGGACACUCACAUUCCUCGGGGACAUUCUGAUCAUCUGGAGAAAAAGAGGCUCCUCUGUCCCCCGUGCACUGGACUCUGGGUCUUUGGGACUGAAGGACAAGGAGAGGACACACAACCACACCGAGCAUCAUCAGUCCUGCACAGAGGGAGGAAGGACUUCUGGGGGGGAAACACCACAACAACCAUUAACUGAGCUCUUCUGAAGCCGCAAAACCAAAAACCAUGAGGAUCUUCAACCUGUUCUACGUGCUCCUGCUGCUUGCAGCCGCUGUGGCAUCAGUCUCCUCCGCCAGACCAGAUUUCCUCAACCUAAGGAGAAGGUACCACAGACACCACUGCCCACACAGGCGCUGCUUGCCCCUCCACUCGAGGGUCCCCUUCCCCUGAGGUGGAAACACACGAAGGAGAGCGAUCCAAGGGGAGAAAUAUCAAAAAGGAAGCAACUGGAAAUCCAUGGAUGGACCCUUGUAUCAGGGCUUGGACUGAAAUGGACGGGGGGGAAAAAGCCAUUUAAAGACUAUAUGUAUAUACUGUGUAUAUGUAGCUGUUCACGUACGCACAAGCAGCUUCAAGCUUGAGUUAUCAUUCCAAAGAAAGACACGGUGAAAAUAUAAACCAUGAUAUAUUAUUGUAUGGCAGUUUGGGGUUCCUCCGAUCCUCAAGCACCUUCCCUCCUCGUCUGCGAAAGCCAACGCUACUUUCACCGUCACGGACAAAGACGUGAGGAAGCUUCAACAUCCUCCGUGAUGAAUCCAGACGCUCCACUGAAAAGCUACAGACCAAAGAGCAGGAGACGUGUCUAGUGACUGCAGCUACGAUGAACAGCGCCCACAUAGUAUUCCUAUAAGUGUUUAAAAUGCAUGUAUGCACUUCAAAUGUUUAUUGAAUCACAUUUUAAACUUUUUAAUAAAAAAAAAAUGAAUGUA